AUAUAGAAUUUAAGAAGCGAAACCCGAAUACGAAUCGGUCCUGCUCAGCAAAUUAUUUGCCCGCUCCAUUGAUUUCCCUCCUCGUCGAGUUAAGGGUUAAGUCUGGAACUCUUCAGAAACCAAAGAGAGCAAAAAUGGCGAGGAGUCACGAUGGCCAUAAGUUCCUUCAGAUAGUAGACGCCAUGGUUUCAAUCAACCAAAGAGUCAAUCUCAUUGGCGUCGUCACCGAGAGUGGCCUUCCAAAACAGUCCCGUGGCACUGAUUGUUUUGUUACGAUCAGGAUUAUUGAUGAAUCGCAGCCGAAGCAUGGAAUUUCAGUUAACUUCUUCACGGAGACAAUGGAGAUGCUACCUCGAAUGGCGACAGAAGGAGAUAUUAUUCAGCUUUGUCAUGUUGUGAUGAAAACUCAUGGACCUGAUGUUUAUGCUUUGUUCAACAAGAAGUUUUCAUCAUUUGCGUUAUAUGAAGGAAAAAACAGUACAAGCUUUACGCCUUACCAAUGUUCUGCUAAAUUUAAUGCCAGAGAACAAGAUAACAAAUUUAUACUGGGCCUUCGUCAGUGGUUGGCUGGUGAACAAAUUGAUGCAGGUGCUUCAGUGACAGGCUUGAUGACAGGGUCAACUGAAUUACUACAAUUGAAGGAGUUCAAGGAAGGUGUCCGCUUCAAUUUGGUUUGUAAGGUUCUUCAUGCAUGGGAAACUGAAAGAGAGGAGUUGAUGCUCUUUGUGUGGGAUGGUACUGACACUCCACCAAUUGCUAUAAAAUCCAACCUAGAAGACGAAAAGGAAAAUCCACUUCCUUUACAUUUGGAACCUAUUCCUUUAUCAAGAGAUGUUUUAUGUACCUUCCCAACGGUUGGAACUGUUUUAAGAGUGACUGUUGAUUCUAGCAAUGUAAAGUUUGGUCUCGACUGCAUUAAAACGGGUCGAUGGGUGAAAUUCUUAGGCUUGAGAUGUGAAGUUCGUUCCUCACUAUGGUGUGCUUUUCUAAUGCCAUUUACAAAAUUUUGCUACUUGUCUGAAGACAAUGCCCUUGUAGUACAGCGCAAAAGGAGUUACGAUGAUCGUUUUUAUUCAAAAUGGGGACAUAUGCCUCUAACAAGUUUUCCUUGGCAUUCUGGCAUGACAGGGACUUCAUGUCCUAAGAAUGUGCCCUUCGUCACUUUGAUGAAUGUUCUAACCUAUCCAGAGGUUACAUAUAAGUAUCGUUGUGUAGUUCGAGUAGUAGCAGCAUUACCAUGGCAAGUUUCAAAGUUCCGUUCACCUUCAGGAAUCUAUAGGAUCAGGUUGACACUAGAGGAUCCAACUGCCCGAAUCCAUGCUUUUCUAUACAAGGAUGAUGCGGAAGAGUUUUUUACUCAUUUUCCAUCACCCGAUGAUGUAUUAACAAGAAAGUGGAACUCGUUGCUUGGAAUUCCCAAGACCGGUGAUUAUAGUGCAAUAGGCAAUGCUUCCAGAAACCCGCCAUGGAUCGAGUGCUGCUUGAAAUCUUAUUACCUGGACAAGAAGGAUGCUUGGGGAACAAGGAACUAUCAGAUCUUCAUGACAACUCUCUUAGAACGGCCAUGAGCAGGUCAGCAAUUGUGAAUCCUAAUCUUUUGUGCAUCAAUUGUGACUGCUGCGCCAUCUGCAGUCUUUUUGUCGCUCAAACUCAAUGUGUAGAAGUAGACUUAGAUUGCCACCUCAUCUUUUGUUGGGUAUAGUAGCCCUAUGGCCUCAGUGAUCUUGGCACACACCCUAAGUUAUCAACUCUUUUGGUACAAUUAUUAGGUCAAACGAUAUCCGAGGUCCUUGUAUUAUAGUGUUUUUGUUCAAUUUAGUUUUUAUACAUUUUGUUCAAUUUAA